UCAGAAUUCGAAGUUGUUUUCAUCGUUUUCAUUGUUUUGAUUUGCACACAGUCAUGAUCUCACAGUAUAAAUAUUAAUAUUUAAUAUUAUAAAUGUUAGGAUUUUUGGAGAUAAAAUAAGAUUAAAAAGUGAAAGUCUCGUGUAAAAAAGGUUUCUAAUUUGUUAAAAAAUGUUACGUCCAAUUUCGACUUUAAGGUUAUCGGAAAUGGCUAUGGAAAAUUUACGUAGAAAUGGAUAUUUAUACCUCGAAGAUAUUUUGGAUAAUCCAGAAUCGCACAAAUUUCUGGAAGCGAAGGAAUUGGACAUUAUUAAGCAUGUGCCGAAAACUGUUACUGCUCUACAGCGUUUGCAAAAAGAGUCUCAAAGAGACACAAUAACGACUGACAGCCAAUGCCUGAACGACAUUUUGGACGGUGGAUUUCACUGUGGAACGAUGAUUGAAUUAUGUGGAGUUCCAGGUUCCGGAAAAACACAAAUCUGUUUUCAGCUUUGUAUUGCUGCACAAUUAAGUAAAAGUUAUGGACACUUGAACGGAAAAGUUAUUUACAUCGAUACAAGAAACGAAUUUUCGCCCUUACGAAUUCGAGAUCUUAUUCGAGGAUACAAAAAACGACACAAAAAUUUGAAAUUAGAUGAAAAACAAAUGUUGGAUAACAUAGCUGUUCUGACACCUUCAAAUUCAGACGAAUUAUUUGACAUUGUUGUCAGCUUGAGAAAAGAUUUAAUGAAUCAUCCAGGGGUCCAAGUUGUGAUUGUCGACAGUUUGUCUUUACCAAUCCAAUAUUCUUCAGAUUCAUGGCAUCGAACAAAAUGUUACUUUUACACAUUAAAAUACUUACGUGAAUUAUCAUUAAUAAACAUUGCAGUAAUUGUCACAACUGAGAUGGUGAAUCAAGUCGAUAACCAAGGAAAAGAUUUUUGUCUCUCCAGUGCAGGUGGACAAAUUACAGCCCAUCGAAUGCACAAAAGACUGAUGCUUGCUCGAAUAAAUGAUAGCAAAUUCGUAGCAAGAAGUCUAAAAAGUCCUCUGAUGCCACAAGUCUCAAUUUUUUUCCAGAUUACGACAAACGGAAUCAGAGAUUGUACCUAGGGAAAAUAAUUUCCGUGAUCUGUCGACCAGGAAGU